AUGAAAAGAAAAAGGAAUGUAAAUAAACCCUUUAGUUUAGUAGAUGAGUGGCUCGAUGAAUGUUACAAUGCUGAGGUUUCAUUAAAAAGGAACGCAAAUAGCUCUCAUACAAUAGAACAAUCUGAAGAGCUAUCAACAAACCUCCCAUUUUCUCAGGCUCAUCCUGCUAAUCCAAUCCAUAUGCAUUCUGAUACUACAUAUGUCAAUAUUCAGACCUCAGGAAAUAACGCUCAUCUAAUUCGUCCCACCUUCCACUUUAUGACAGACCCAAAUAGUAACAUCAUUAGGAAGGAUCAUGAGAAUUAUACUAAUGAAGUUGUCCCUGUUUCUAAACAUUUAUCCUCUUCCAAUGUCGCAUCUAUGCAUGGAUUAGAUAGUUCUCAUUUAAGGACCUUAAAUCAAUCAAAUCAUAACCAGCUCCUAUUAACCUCUAAUAUUGACGAGGUUUAUGCUCACUCUCACAGUUCGCCUUCCAUCAAUUUUACAUGUAUCCCUGAAAUCCAUACUUCUCAUAUCAAGAACUGCCCUCAACCUAAUGAUAUUGAUCUUAGAUCAAGCUCAAAUAGAACAUCUUCUUAUCAAGACAGCUUUAAUGAGAACUAUAAUCUCACAGUCACUCGACUUCGUGGUAUAAGUGGAACAGCAAAUGUUUCCACUUCUCAACCAACUUCCUCAGUACUACCUCUCUCUGCUCUUCUUUCUCAUCCUUUUGCAUAUGAUCUUGAAGAAAAACGCUUCGAGAAAAAGAAAUAUAGAAGACAAGCAUACAUAAAGUGGAAAUCUAAGAAAUUACGUAGACAUGGUUGCACUAAAAUCCAACAUGUACCAGCUCUGAGAUUGGAAAGGAUUGAGAAUUGCACAGCUGCUACCAACUCUGCAUUACAAUCCGAUGUACAAUCACUAACCCAAAAAGGUAAGACGCGUCCGAGUGGAAGAGAUUUGCUAAGGUUCAUACCUGAUUACCCUGAUAGGUUACCAUUGGAGCCGCAGUGUCAGCAUUGCGGAGCAAAGAAAUUCUAUUCUGAGACAAUGAAUUUCUGUUGUUCCAGCGGUGAAGUAGUUCUCUCUCAAAAUAAACUCCCUAAUGUUCUAAAAGAGCUCUUAACUUCAACUUCAGAAGAAGCAAAAACCUUUAGGACUAUGAUUAGAACUUAUAACAACCACUUUGGUGUCACCUCUUUUGGUGUUAAAUAUGACAAGAAACUCUAUGAAUUACUUGAGAAUGAAGAGGCUGUAAUGAGUAGCUUUCAAGAAGAUCCAGAUUUCGUUUCCGUGCGAGAGUAUUAUGCUUAUAAGCUCCAAAUAAGGGAUAACGAUGAAUCAUUCAUCCUCCACUUUGCAAGACUACUACAACAAUACGUAGUAGAUCAAUAUGUCAAAUUAGAAAGCCAAAGACUUGACUUCUUUAGAAAUCAACAAGAGGAAAUACGAAAGGAAUUUUUACAAGGAAUCAUUGAUGCUGUGACUACAGGUGAAACAGAAGCAUCAAAAGUUGGUCAGCGAAUCAUAUUACCACCCUCCUUCAUUGGAGGACCAAGGAAUAUGAAACGCAAAUAUAUGGAUGCAAUGACUUUGGUCCAAAAAUUUGGAAAGCCAGAUAUCUUUCUGACUAUGACAUGUAAUCCUAAUUGGCCAGAAAUAAAAGAAUAUUUAAUUCAUGGAGAAGAAGCACAAAAUAGACCAGAUUUGCUUGCUAGAGUAUUCCACUCAAAACUUGAAGUCUUAAAAGACGAAUUACUGAAAAAAUGUGUUUUUGGUGAGGUGGCUGCCUAUACUUAUGUAAUUGAAUACCAAAAACGAGGAAUGCCACAUGCUCAUUUCUUAUUAAUAUUAAAGUCCAAAUAUAAAUUAUAUAACGCAGAAGAAUACGAUAGAAUUGUGUGUGCAGAAAUUCCACGUAAAAAAAUUUGUCCUCAUCUAUAUGAGAUGGUAGUCAAACACAUGCUCCAUGGCCCUUGUGGUCCUGCUAAUCCAUCUAAUGCUUGCAUGACCAAGAAUGGCGUCUGUCGAAAUAAUUAUCCAAAAGAUUUUUGUGAAGAGACCAUUCAAACAGUAGACGCAUAUUCUCAAUAUAGAAGAACAAAUAAUGGUGUCCAAGUAACAAUUAGAGGUGCUGUUUUAGACAAUAGAUGGGUUGUUCCAUAUAACUCAUAUCUAUUAGCCAAAUUUGAUUGUCAUAUGAAUGUUGAAAUAUGUUCAACAAUCAAAGCAGUCAAAUAUAUAUACAAAUAUAUAUGUAAAGGUCACGAUAAAACAAGCUUUUGUCUUUCAGCAUCUACUUUUGACAAUGUCGUAGAUGAAAUCGAACAAUAUGUAUCAGCAAGAUGGAUUUCUCCACCUGAAGCUGUAUGGAGAAUUUUCAGAUUUUGCACAAGUGAAAUCAAACCUGCAAUUAUCCAUUUACAGUUACAUCUUGAAAACUAUCAACCGGUAGUCUUCAAGAAGAGAGCUAACCUUCAAAGUGUCGCAAAAAAUCCUCAUUUCAAGAAAACAAUGUUAACAGAAUUUUUUCAUAUGAAUAAGACAAAUGAAGAUGCACAAACAUUAAAUUGUACAUACUCAGAGUUUCCAGACCACUUUGUUUGGAAACCAAGCCAAAGAUAUUGGAAACUCAGAGAAAGAGGAGACUCUGUUGGACGAAUAAUGACUGCACAUCCAACAGAAGGUGAGAGAUACUACCUUAGACUCCUCCUUUCAAAAGUUCGAUGUCCCACUUCAUUCAAGGACUUGCGAACUUACAAUGGCGUUACAGUAGAUACAUUUAGGGAAGCAGCAUUAAUUCGAAAUUUAUUGCAAGAUGAUAAUAGUCAAGAAAUCUGUUUACAAGAAGCCUCACAUUUUAAGAUGCCUUAUGAAAUGAGAAGGCUUUUCGCUACACUCUUAGUUUACUCUUGCCCAAAUAAUCCAAAACAACUAUGGGAAAAAUUCAAAGUGUCCAUGUUGGAGGAUCUUGUCCGAUGCUCAACAUUAACAUUUAAAGAAAUUGAACAUAAAGCUCUACAACAAAUAGACGGUUUUCUACAAACAAUGGGAAAGAGCAUACGUUCUUACAACUUAGUCCCACCUGAUUUGUCAUAUAACAACGUAGAAGACCUGACUAGAGAAUUACGAGCAGAAAAAAGCAUUCUUGUUACAGCUCAUGAUUUGAGUGCAAUCGACAUGCUUAAUGAAAAACAAAAACAAGCAUUCAAAGUUAUUACUGAGAGAAUUUAUUCAGGAAAAAGCGGCGCUUUCUUUAUAGAUGGUCCUGGAGGAACAGGGAAAACAUUUCUCUAUAGGACUUUAUUGGCAGAUGUGAGGAGCAAAGGCUUUCUUGCACUCGCAACUGCCACUUCAGGAAUUGCAGCUUCUAUUUUACCUGGUGGUAGGACUGCACAUUCUCGAUUUAAGAUCCCAAUUGAUAUUUCUGAGGGUACAACAUGUAGAAUUAGCAAACAAACUUCUCUAGCAACAAUGAUUAGACAAGCAAAGUUAAUAAUUUGGGAUGAAGCACCAAUGUCCAAAAAAACAGCAAUUGAAGCAUUGGAUGAUUUGUUAAAAGACCUCAUGGAUUCAACUCAAAUUUUUGGGGGAAAAAUUGUUGUCCUUGGAGGAGAUUUUAGACAAACACUUCCAGUAGUUCGAAAGGGAGCAAAAAGUCAAAUGAUAAAUGCCUGUCUAAUCAAUUCUCCAAUAUGGGACAAACUUGAGAAACUAAACUUAAGUGAAAAUAUGAGAGCAAGAUUAGACCCCACAUUUACAGAGUUCCUAUUAAAGAUUGGAGAUGGGACAAUUCACACAGAAGCUAAUGAUUUAGUGAAAAUUCCACCUUCUAUCUUAGUUCCUUAUACUAAUGAAUCUGAUGCACUUCAAAAACUGAUCCAAAUGGUCUAUCCUGAAAUCACCAAUGGAUCACAAAUCUCAUCUCCUUUCUUAAACAAGGCAAUACUAACAACGAAAAAUCCAUUUGUUGAUGAGAUAAAUAAUGCUCUCAUAGAUAGAUACCCCGGAGAACCAGUUGAAUACUUGAGUUAUGAUGAGACAUUAAAUGAAAAUCAUCAGGCCGAAUAUAUCGACUUGCUGAAUACAUUGACUCCCAGUGGUUUACCGCCACACAGAUUAGUUUUGAAAUCAAAUGCACCAAUAAUUCUCUUAAGAAAUCUUGAUCCAACUGAGGGAUUAUGCAAUGGCACAAGGCUUACAAUCAAACUCCUCAGUAAAAACAUCAUUCAUGCUACCAUAUCAUUUGGUGAAUUCUCUGGAAAAGACGUAUUUAUUCAUAGAAUUCCAAUGCAACCACCAGCUGACGACCAAUAUCCAGUCCCAUACAAAAGGAUCCAAUUUCCAGUUCGCUUGUGCUUUGCAAUGACUAUUAACAAAGCACAAGGACAGACCUUAGACUUUAAUUCUUACUAUACUUCAUUCUAA